AUGGAGUCAAAAUCAUUUAACUCCAUAGACGACGAAAAGCUUAUUGAAUGUGUCCGAAAUUAUCCUGUUUUGUACAAAUUAAGCGACAAAAAUUACAAGGAUAAUUCAGUCAAAGAGAACGCCUGGAAAGAAAUUUCACACUUCGUAGGAAAAAAUGUAAACGACUGCAAAACACGUUGGCGUACAGUAAGAGAUUCGUACAAAAAAAAUAUGAAAAAACGUAAAUUAGGUACUGGUUCAGCAGCUCCGACAAAAUCAAAGUAUAACGAUGAUGCAUUAAGUUUCUUAAACAACAUUGAAGAUGAAAGAAGAACUAAGUCGAACAUUGCCUACAAUGAAAACUUAAACUAUUCAGAGGUUAUGGAAAAUGAAAGUUUUAAUCAAACUGCGGAGUCAGAAGAAAAUUGUUUUUCUAAUAAUUCUGGUCAAGUUUCAUUAGAAACAGAUAAUUCGAUAGUCGAUCAACCACUGGAAAAUGAAAUACGUGAUAGUUUGACAGACAGAUUUCGAAAACCGUAUGAAAAACCAAAAAAAAUUGGAACAAAGGAUAAGAUAAUUGAGGAAAUUAAGAAAGGGCGAGAGGAGCGUUUGGCGGCGUUAAAAGAGAUGAGACUAGGCGAAUUAUGUAAUGAUCCAAUUCAAAUUUUUUUUAAAAGCAUGGCUUCGACAGUGGCAACAUUUCCCCCAGAAUUGGCCGUAGAAGCAAAAACUAGGGUUUUUAAUAUUAUUUCCGAAUUGGAAUUACGCGCAAUAAAGGAAAAGGCUUCGAAUACAACUUCCGUAGAACCAAUUGUACCGGUAUCGCCUAUUCCAUCAAAACAAAUAGUUCCGACAAUAUUUGUCGAAGAAGAUUCUUCGAGUUCUGCAACUUCUGCAACAAGCAGUGUUUCAUGCCCUACCACAGCUGCAAACUCCAGUUAUGCUUUUUUACAAUAUUAUAAUAAUGAUUAUUAAUUUUUUUUUACAUAUUUUGUUAAAACUAGGUGUUAUUAUUUUUAUAUUUUGUUUUAUUUUCAUUUUAAAAGGGUUGUUAUGUUUUUAUUUUAUUUUAAGAAAUAUUUGUAUUCUUUAUUUUUUUUUUGUAUUUAAGGUAAAACGUGUAGUUUGC